UUUGUGAAAUUUUGAAAAAAUGACAACAUGCUCAAAACUAUGAAGUUCUGGGGAUUUAUUGCCUUUCAGUCCCAUUCAUUUUUCGAAUACAAACUUUUUACAAAUACUAAUUUCUUUGAGCUCAUCAUUCAUUUUAGACUUUCAGUCCUCCACUAUUUCUAGAGGGUGUGCUUUGUCUGCCUUUGUGAAGAUGAACACAAAAUAUUUGUUUAAUUUCUCUUCCAUUUCCUUAUUCCCCAAUAAAAUAUCUGGAAUUAUCUCAAUUUCUAAGGAGCCUACACUAGUUAAUCUUUUCCUUCUUCCAUAUCUGUAGAAUGUCUGACAAUGUGUUUUUAUGUUUCUUGCAAAACCACACUUGUAUUCUUUUCACUAUUUCCUUAUCAAUGCCUUGGUCUUCUUUUGCUGAAUUUUGAAGUUUUCCCUUUCCUGAGCCUUUCUGCUUUUUGGCAACAUUAUAUUCCUUUUCUUUGAUCUAAUGUCUUUAACUUCUCUAAAUAGCUGCAGCUCAACCACUUUCCCCUUUUUAUUGUCUUAAAAGGAAACAUAUUACUUGUAAACUAUUAAUCCUUUAAAUAUUAGCCACUGAUUGUUUACUGCCAUAUCUAUUAAGGUAGCUUCCCAACCUACCAAAGCCAACUCAUGCCCCAUGCUUUAUUUAGAUUUAAGAUCCUAGUUUCAGAUUCAACUAAUUCACUUUCAAUUUUUAUAUAAAGCUCUUUAUUGUAUUGUGAUCACUAUUCUUUAAAGAUCCUUGACUACCAGAUUACCAAUGAGGAGGGGUGGGGUAAUGCUUGAUGCUUGCACAGUUCUCAGCUAGUAUUUCAGAAGAGGUCCUGGGAUGAAGGAAAUGAGAUAUGAGAAGGAGUUCUAUGUUUGAAAAUAUUGACUUUCCUUAAUACUGCUGUAAUGGCAGCAAACACUGUCUAUUCGAUUGAGCUAAGAUGAUACCAACAUGUCUUUCCCCUAGCUGAUAACUUGUUGCUGUCUGGUUCUGCCUCACUUGAACUUGCAAGAGAGAGGAAAAUAUGUCAGUGAGUGUCACACAAUGAAUUUGGAUGAUGUACCAACAAACAAUCUGCUGUAGGAACUCAGCGGGUCAGUGUCUGUGCAGGGAAUGGAACAGUCGUGUUGAAACCCUGCAUCAAAUGCAGGGUCCUGAUGCAGGGUUUUGACCUGAAAUGUCAACCAUUCCUUUGCCCCCAUAGAUGCUGCUUGAUCGGAUGAGUUCCUCUCGCAGAUAUUUGUUGCUCCAGAUUCCAGCAUCUGCAGUCUCUUGUGUUUAUUUAAAUUUAGAUGAAGUACCUAACAGGUUUAAAAAACUGACAGCCUGUGUGCAUGCUACAUGGUAGUGUGUAGUGGAGCAUGUGAAAGUUAGGCACAAGCAUUGAUUGAUAGUUGGUAUGAAGAGUGUUGGCCUAGCUAUCUCCUGUAGUGUAACUAUUUAAUUUUUCCCCCUAGUAGGUAAAAUUCCAUGAUGUCUACCAGCAGCUACCGUUGCCACAAUGCAGCCUCUCUAUAAUUAACUGAGGCUAUAAACAAAUGCCCGCAUGAUUAACACCGGCUAAUUAUGAAAAUGACUUACAAGAUCACAGAGGAUCCUGUACCUCGUCCAUCUUCUUCCCUGAACCCCAGAAUCCCGCUUUUCUGUAAUUCCAUGAAUUAUGGGUUUCAGAAUUGACCUAUGUGUAAUAAAAUUUCCUCCCAUGUUAACCCUAAAUAAGCGGGGAACAAAACGCCAGGCGGCAACAUGCAGCACUUAACGAGUGACUCUCUGCCAGAGCGGGGCCCUGGCAACCGCUGUCGUUUCCAGGGAGCUGCGCGGUCACCCUUUGACCCCGGCGCGUCACGCAAAGGCGGCGGAUUCGAGCGGCGGUUGACCGCCACUGGCGAGCGAUGCUGGACGGCGCCGGGGGUUUUAACUCGGCGGCCGACAGCAGCUUCCCGAAUGAGCGGCGGGCGGCAGCGGACCCUGUUCCAGAGCUGGGGCGCCAAACCGAGCGCCUCCCAGCCCCGCGCUGAGGGGGGCCCGGCGGGCCUGGCGGCCGAGCGCAGGUGGCGGCCGCCGGGGGAAGUGGCCGCUCCCGCCGGGCAGGACGGCUUCGAGGGCGGCGAGGACGACGACGUGUUGCUGGUGGCCGUUUUCGAGGCGGAGCGGGGCCUGGACGGCGGCGGCGAUGACGGCGGCGGACCGGCAUCCGAAGGCCGGGGGGCCGAGUCCGACGCCACCCUUCCCGGCUUCGACCUGUCUUCGGGGGACGUGUGGAUUUACCCGACCAACUGGCCGGUCCGGACCUACCAAUUCGACAUGGUCCGUGCCGCGCUCUUCCACAACACGCUGGUUUGUCUGCCCACCGGCCUGGGCAAGACCUUCAUCGCUGCCGUGCUGAUGUACAACUUCUACCGCUGGUAUCCCACGGGGAAAAUUGUGUUCAUGGCCCCUACCAAGCCUUUGGUCGCUCAGCAGAUCGAAGCUUGUUACAAAGUGAUGGGCAUCCCGCAGAACCACAUGGCAGAGAUGACAGGACACACACAGGCAUUGAAUCGCCAGAAUAUUUGGAAUACCAGACGGGUUUUCUUCCUCACACCACAGGUUAUGAUGAAUGACCUUUCUCGAGGAGCUUGUCCAGCUGUUGAUGUAAAGUGUUUGGUGGUUGAUGAAGCACAUAAGGCACUAGGAAAUCAUGCUUAUUGCCAGGUUAUUAAGGAGCUAUGCAACCAUACACAUCAGUUCCGUGUUCUUGCUUUGAGCACACCAGGUGGGGACAUAAAGGCUGUACAGCAAGUCAUUUCAAACCUGAUGAUUGCACGUCUGGAGGUGAGGUCCGAAGAUUCAGUAGAUGUCCAGCCCUACUCUCACCAGCGACGUGUCGAGAAGUUUGUUGUUCCUUUGGGGCCCGAGCUGACUGCUAUUCAGUCCUUGUACCUAGAGGUCUUGAAAACAUUCACCAGGCGUCUGAUCAAGACUGGAGCUCUACUUCAUAAAGAUGUAGUAAAUUUGACCAAAUAUCAAAUUGUUCUUUCACGUGAGCAAUUUAGAAAAAAUCCUCCAGCAAACAUUGUGGGAGUUCAACGAGGUAUGGUAGAAGGAGAUUAUGCUGUUUGUAUUAGUCUUUAUCAUGGAUAUGAACUUUUGUUACAAAUGGGAAUGCGAUCGUUGUAUACAUACCUUGAAGGCAUUAUGGAUGGGUCCAAAGGUAUGACGCGCGCAUGCAAUGAACUUUGCAGGAAUGCUGUUUUCAUGGAGAUGUAUGAGCAGUUGAAAGCUAUGUUCUCAAGUGGAAACAGUCUUGCCAGUUCUCAAACAGGAUCUAAAAAUGAGAAACAAUUCAUCUACAGUCACCCUAAGCUACAAAAGCUUGAAGAAGUUGUAGUGAACCACUUCCAAUCUUGGGUAGCAUCCAGAGGUCCAAAUACUUCUGGUGGGAAAGUUGAUGGUGCAAGUACUCGUGCUAUGAUCUUCUCUUCGUAUCGGCACAGUGUUCAAGAGAUUGCUGAGAUGCUCAGCAAACAUCAGCCUCUUGUGCAAGUCAUGACCUUUGUUGGGCAUGCUUCAGGAAGGAACACUAAAGGGUUUACACAGAAGGAGCAGCUUGAGGUAAUGAAGUGCUUUCGUGAAGGUGGUUAUAAUGUGUUGGUUUCUACGUGUGUGGGUGAAGAAGGACUGGACAUUGGGGAAGUUGACCUCAUUAUUUGCUUUGAUGCUCAAAAGAGCCCUAUUCGCAUGAUACAAAGAAUGGGCCGAACAGGUCGGAAGCGAGAGGGCAGAAUUGUGGUCCUUCUUGCUGAAGGACGAGAAGAACGGACCUACAACCAAAGUCAGUGUUCCAAGCGGAGUAUUUACAAAACCAUUCUAGGAAAUGGCAACAAAUCCUUUCACCUUUAUGCUAAUAGUCCACGAAUGGUUCCAAAUGGUCUAAAUCCUGUUGCACACAAGAUGUACAUAACUACUGGAGAAUAUGAAUCAAAUAAUGUAUCAAGGCACACAACAAAGCAUGGAAGAAAGUCGAGUGUUGUACUUCCAGAAUCAUUCAGCAGAUGUCCAGUGAAUAAGCAGACAAAGAUUAAGGAGGAUGGUUUAUUAACCCCUGAAGAAUUUGAAGUUUGGGACAGAAAAUUUCGAUUGAAAAAUGAUUUGAGAGCACCAAGAUUAAUGUUUCUUCCAUUUGAAUUUGUGAAAGAUGGAUCAAAUGAUAUGGAACAGGAGAGUGGUACAAUUCGUAAACUUUCUCUGUCAGAAUGGAGUCUCUGGCAAAACCAUCCACUUUCUACCCACAUGGUUGAUCAUUCUGAUCGCUGCCAACACUUCAUUAGUAUCAUGGACAUGAUUGAUUUGAUGAGACAAGAAGAGAGUGACUGUGGCUAUUCAUCGGAAAUUAUGCCUUAUUUAAAUAGGGAUGAUGUUUUUGUACCAACCAUCACACUGCAAUCUAAAUUUACACCUACUUCAGUUGCAAAUAAUCAAGCAAAAUGUAAAAUGGAUCAGUUAAUGAAGCCUAGACAAGAAAGGAAGAAAUGCAAAAAUAAUAAUGUAAAACAAAAUAUGUGUACAUUAAUGGAUGAAGAUGAGGAAUGCUCUAUUUUUAACGCAAGUAAAAUGAAAAAGACUAAGGGUUAUUGGUCCUCCUCUAGUCCUGAAACUGCAAAUUCCAAAGAAACAAGGGAGUCUGCACUAUGUGUUCCUGGGAAUUGUAAAGAAGUUCCCUCUGAAGAUACUGUAUCAAAAACAAAUGAACAAAUCUAUCUGUCAGAGGGAGAAACUGAAGUGGAGAUAAGGAACGAUGUGCAGAUUAUGUCUUGUUUUGAUUUGUUAGAAUCAAGGGAAAUAUUGGAGGAUCACAUGAAAAUAAAUUUGAAUGAAGAUUCUUCUGAAAGCAAAUCAACAAAUACUAAACCCAAAAGUAUUUACACAAGGAAGAAAGAAAAUGGAGAGUACAUUCAGUCUGAACCAAUAAAUGAUUACGUGAUGAGGGAUGUAAUGACAGAUGGCAAUCUUCAGAAAUGCAGUGAAUUGAAGAGUGUUGACUCUGGCCACAAUAGUCAAUUAAAUAACACAGCAAUGUGUGGAAUAAAUGGAUCCAACUUGUUUUAUUACCCAGAAUCUUUCAUAAUUCAGGACCACAAUAUACAUCAAAGUUCUUCAAAUUCAGGCCCAGGAAGAAAGGGAUUUUAUUCACUUGACGUUGAACAUCCCAAUUAUGAAUCGGAAUAUUCCAAUUACAAUUCAAUAAAGCAAGUUCCCACCAGUGUUGAAAUGGUUCUGGAAAAUGUAAAGUUGUUUCUUAAUACAUCUCCUCCUCUAGAUGUGUUUCCUUUUUUGGAAGAAGUAAAUGACGAAGAAAAUAGAAGGCAAUCAAGUACUUCAAAAACAGCACCAGUUAAUGUUUUAAAAACCAACAAAAGUGGUUCACCACCAAUCAAUAUUAAAUCAACAGUUUUAAUGACUUGCAUAGACAGUGUGUCCUCUGAACCCUUGAGCAAUCGUGAUAAUGGAGGAUCCAGCCCCUCCUGGGAUGAUUUAUUUGAUAGCGGUAUUGAAUAUUUGGAACAAGAUAAUAAAGCUCAGUCAAAUGUAAGUGAAGAAGAAAUAUUUAAUUCUUCACACCAGUGUCGUCAUAACAGUGAAGAAAACAAAAGCAAAAACAAUAAAACACAGAAUUCUAUGAAGGAUGAACUACUUGUAUAUGAAAACAGUUUGUCCUUGUUUGAAGAUAAUCUGUCGCAUGCUGGCCUUUUAACUAUCUGCAUUCCUAACCAUAAAAGCUGUGUAAUCACAAAGGAUAUCCCUGGACUGGAGCAGCAGUCCUCUGUGUUGAAUGAGCCAAUCCAAAAUGUUAAAGCAGCCACCAAUAAAAGUUUGGAAAAUGGAGAAACUGAACAAGAGGUAACAGGAGAGUCACUUCUGCAUAAAACAUUUCAAAGCCAAAUGCUUUUUGAAAAUACAUGUGUUGAUCAGCAUAGACCUGAUGCGAAUAAUAGUGGCAGUAAGUACAAUUGUUCAGAUGAAUUAUUUUCUGUAAACUUUGAUCUAGGCUUUUCAUUUGAAGAUGUAACUAAAGACAGUGAUGCCUCAAUGACUAAUACUAUGUGCAGCAAAAACACUGAAUUCUCAGAACAUUUUGUAGACAAAUCUUCAGAAAAUGUUGAACUAGCAAAGACGAUGCAAGAUGAAUGCAGCAAUGUGGCUGCUUUAAAAUUGUUUGGUGAAGAAACAAAAGUAAAAAGGGGAUGCUCAACACCAAUAUCUUUAAAAUGUACAUCUUCACAACCAGGCAAAAUGGAUACUUGGCCUUGUAAUGAAGGACAGCAUUUGACAACACAGGAUUUGUUUUCUCCAAUUUGCCAGCUUGAUCGCCGGGCUUUGUUUACCUCAUCUCCAGCCUUUGCAUCCAUUACGCCAAAAAAAACCUCUUCUUUCAACUUCUGUGGUACUACUUCCAGCAAAACACUGUUUAAAGACAAUCCAGUGAUUUCUCAAAAUGCUGUGAUCAGGAAUGUCACAGAAAACAAAGAGGUUGUUAAAAAUGGUUUCUUUUCUGAAUUGGAAGAGUCUCCUAACAAUUCUGGGGUUGCUGUGAAAUGUGAUGCAAGUGAAAUACACGGAGAGAAAUCGCUUAUAACUAACAAACUGAACGUUUUCUGCAAAAAUCUUGCAAUGCCUAUUAAUGGUGAAUGCAACAGUGAGAGUGAUGAAGACGUUAUCAGAAGACCUAAUAAAAGAAUAAAACUCAGUGUUCUUGAGUCUCCUGAGGUGACGGGUGCCAGUGACAUGGAUUCGCCUAUUUUGGCUGUUCGAAAACAGAAAAAUGUGCUUAAUUUAGGCUUCACAGAUAGUGAAGAUGAUGAUUUUACAGCAACUUCAAACAAGAAUAAUAAAGAUACCAAGUUGUCCAGAAAUAUUCAUCGUCCCUGGAGCAAGCAUUCUGCUCGAUACUUUCUUGAUGAAGAGGCUGAACUUUCCUCAGAAGGAGCAGAAAAUGUGUCUUCUGAUGAAGAUGAUUCUGAUAACAUUGCUGAUACUUCUUUGAAACAUUUUAUCGAUGAUGAAUCACAACUUACACAAGUUUCAAAUGAUGUUGAUAUGCAAGAGAUUUACUUGAAAUCUGUACGCAGCCCAAAUAUCUAUAAGAAGAAAAUGGCCCAUAACAAAAAUGAUAUAACCAUCUUUUCACAGAUUCCUGAACAGGAUGAGACCUACUUGGAAGACAGUUUUUGUGUUCGGGAAGAAGAUGAAAAUCAAACUGAAUUAAGUGAUGAUGAUAUUGUUAAUUUUGAUCUCAUCGGAGAAAACCAUCAGUACCUAACUCGGCAAAGAACAAGAACAAAAACAAAAAAGGCAGAAAAGGAAAAUAGCAAAGAUCAAUUGUCCAAAAAGAGGAAAGGCAGUCGCAUCAUUAUAUUGGAUGAUUCCAGUGAAGAAGAACAAGACACAAAUGUUAAACAACAAUUGGCAGGAAAUACUGUGAUACAAAACAGCAAGAGUAAACAGAUUACAGAAGAUAAAAAUGUUACUUUAUGUUCUUCAAAAAGAAGCUUGGGUAGCUCUUUAAAAAGCCCAAUUCAAAAAAUUACUUUACCAGCAGCAGAAAUUGAUAAGAGCAAACCUUCAGCUUUUUCCUCCUUGGACAGAAGCUGUGACAUCAGGUUGAAUCUCCAGGCUUGUGUAUCUGAAACCUUGGACUUCAGUGUGGAGCAAAAACGUUCAAGAAGGUGCAAUUCAACUGUGCAUUCACAAGUUUAAAUGCAACACAGUGCAAGACAAAACAGAUCCUGUUGUCCCUGAUAUGGAGAAAUCAUUGGUGAUAAACAAUGCCUCCACGAUUUCAAGACCUGAGUGAAAGUCUGUGCAGAGACCAUCUGAUUGCUUUUCCACACCCAGUAUCUUCUGGAACAGCUCCACUGAAAGUUCUGUGGAUAGUCGAGAAAUUUC